AUGGCUGACAUUUCAAAUCUUACGAAGUCCUCUUAUUCCAGUAACACGGUAAAUGAUCCCAUGACUUUUUUCCUCUUCCCCGCUCUCGUGAUCUGUCUUAUCGGUAUACCAGGUACUUUAAAAACUAUCCACUUCUACCGGAGGCAGAGUAAAACGUCUGCCGGAGCCACGCCCAUCCUUCUCAUGGUUCUUGCUGUCUACGACACGUUAGCCUUGGUUACAAUCCUCGUCUGUAACAUCGCCCUCAUCAUCUUCCUAUUUCAUCGCAUGUACAACCCAAUGAACACUGUACUCUUGACGUCAUCACAGGCGCGUGAACUAAAAAUGACAAAGCUCGGUCUGGUGCUCACGUGCAUAUUCGUGGUGUGCGUGUCUCCCCUUGGAAUCUUUUAUCCCCUACGAGGGUUGGGGAGUUCUCCGAUCCCACAGCCCGUGUACCGGGCCAUUAUGCCAGUGGCUACUCUCCUGGAAUCGAUUAACUACUCGGUCAACUCUCUUGUUUACUAUAUCGGCAGUGCUCGUUUCCGGGCAGAUUUCCAACAGAUCAUUUGCUUCCUCGUCUGUAACAUCGCCCUCAUCAUCUUCCUAUUUCAUCGCAUGUACAACCCAAUGAACACUGUACCCUUGACGUCAUCACAGGCGCGUGAACUAAAAAUGACAAAGCUCGUUCUGGUGUUCACGUGCAUAUUCGUGGUGUGCGUGUCUCCCCUUGGAAUCUUUUACCCCCUGCGAGGGUUGGGAAAUUCUCCGAUCCCACAGCCCGUGUACCGGGCCAUUAUGCCAAUGGCUACUCUCCUGGAAUCGAUUAACUACUCGGUCAACUCUCUCGUUUACUAUAUCGGCAGUGCUCGUUUCCGGGCAGAUGUCAAACAGAUCAUUUGCUGUAAAAAAUCAAGGCUGCUGACGAUCAAGUGUAUUUGUUCUCCACAAUAUGUAGAUGAUGGUUGUCUUGGAGACAUUCCAUACAAAUGCGCCUUGAUAGAUUACCACCGCUACACUGUGGGGGAGAUUGUCACUUCUCUGUCGACGGCUAACAGGAACAACACGAAACAGGAGAAG